AUGUAUGUUAAGUAUGCCAAGGAGUGUGAUUUUUCAGUCAGGAAAGGGACUACAAAGACAAACUCUAAAGGUUUCUUACAUAUUAAGUAUUUCUUGUGUACAAGAGCUGGGGUAUAUAAGGACAAGAAGGUUGAUACGUUGGACCCCGAUCAAAAGGAGCGAGUAGUGCGAUCUAACUUUUCAAAGAGGACUGAUUGUGGUGCUCUGUUUUGUGUACUUUUUGAGGAUGGAUUUUGGAAGUUGUAUAAGUUUGUCGAGGAGCACAAUCAUGAACUUAUUGAACGUCCUGAUAAGCAUUUUCUUCCAACUGAACGACACCUCACUCAGCUCCAGAAGCAUGUUAUACACAGCAUGUCUAAACUGAAUUUGGGUCCUGUCAAGGCGUUUAAUGUUAUGAAGAGUUGUUUUAGCGGUUUUGAAGAUGUGGGUGCAAGAAAAGUUGAAUUUAAGAACUAUAAGAGGCAAAUUAACUUGUUCAUAGGGGAAUAUGACGCCGAUAUGGUUGUGAAACAUUUGAAUGAAAAAAAGCAUUCCCAGCCUAAUUUCUCGUAUUAUUACAUCACAGACGAAGAGAAUCGUUUGAAGGGUCUUUUUUGGUGUGACGAUCAAGCCAAACGUAACUACCACGUGUUUGGCGAUGUGAUUUCGUUUGACGUCACAUACUCUAUGGUGUUUGUACCGUUCACUGGUAUAGACAAUCAUCACUGCAAUGUUACAUUUGGUGCAACAUUGUUGGCGUCGGAAAUUGCUGAUACGUAUAUUUGGUUGUUAAGAGUUUUUCUAAAAGCUGUUGGUUCUCAACCAAAAGUUGUUGUCACUGACCAAGAUCCAGCGAUGAAGAAGGCUAUUUCUGUUGUAUUUGUUAACACGAGGCAUAGGUUAUGCAUGUGGCAUGUGAUGCAUAAACUUUCUCUAAAGGUUGGUGUUAGGCUAUGCAAUUCCACCAAUUUUAAAGAACGUAUUUGUGGUGGUGUGUGGACGGAUAUUCUCACACCUGAAGAGUUUGAAUCAGAAUGGGAAGCGGUUAUUGCAGAAUUCAAUUUAGAAGAUAAUGAUUGGCUAUCUGAUAUUUUUGCACUUAGGGAAUCUUGGAUCCCUGCAUACUAUAGAAUGGAGCAUAUGUCUGGUCCUAUGCGAACGACAUCCAGGUCGGAGAGUGAGAAUCAUUUUUUUGGUUAA